AGUAGUGGGCAGGUACUCGAAGCUCGUGAUCUCCAAUCAGUAAGCAUGAUAACUGUCAAGACGCCGUUUCCUUGUUGAAGUCAAACCUGCCAUGGAAUUUACUUCCUUCACUAAUAUCAAUGGAGCGCCAAUUCAGUGAUCGUAGUAUGUCGAGCGACCCGUCCAUAUCGGUCACCGACGUGUACGACCAAGCCGCCGGAAUCGCUCAAGAAUUUGAUAAACUCAUCACAACGUACGGAAACGAUGCUGUGACCGAUUUGAUGCCAAAAGUGAUCAAGGCUUUAGAACAACUAGAGACACUCGCCAGUCGUUAUGAGACGGAGAACGACGAGAUAAACGGACUCCGUCUUCUCGUGGAUAAUUUAAAGGCAGAGAAAGCAGGCAAGGCUCAAGAAAGGGCAAGAUUUGAACAGGAGUUGGAGCAGAUUGAAGAGAACUGGCAAAGUGAAGUGAAAAAACUAUUAUGGGAUAUCAGUCAGCUGCAGGACGAGAACCGGCGUCUCCGGGACAACCUCCAGGACCAGAAACAGGCCAUCGUGGACAAGGUGGUCCUAGAACACCAACAGACAGAGGAGCAGGAGAUAAAAGUGCUGACAAAAUUGAAAGAGACGGUAGACAAACAACGUGAGGAGCUCCGCACACUGCGACGUGAGAUGGAGCAGAGGGGAGUCGAUUGUGAGGCGCUGGGAGCCCAGUUAGAGAGAGUAGCAAAGAUGAAUUCAGACCUGCGUCGGAAGAACCAGACGCACAAGAAGCAGACGGCAGUAUUGCUGGACGAGCGGGCGGACAUCGAGGUGCAGCUGAAGGGGAAGGAGGAGGAGGUGGAGAAGAUCAAGGAGAUCCUCAAGGAGCAGGAGAACAUGGACCAGCUGAAACUGGCCCGUGACGUGCGCAGGAAGAGGAAUGGUAUCCAUGGCGAUGAAGACGACGAUGAUGAGGGCGCAUCUGAGGAAACGAUGGAGGAUAUAGCGAGUCGUCUCAACCACCAGGGUAAGAUGAUCAUCGACCUGACAGACCCCAACAGACCACGCUUCACCAUGCAAGAACUCAGACAGGUGCUGAUGGAACGCAAUGAGCUCAAGACAAAACUCAUUGAGGUGGAAGAGGAGUUGUCUGUAUACAAGCCAAAGACUUUCAAUGAUGUCAUAGAGGAGAGCGGUGGUAGAGGAGAUGCGACAUCCUCCUAUCGGGGGGAGGAGGUGCUCGUGUACGGACCAAUCAACCGAGAGCCGGACGAGAAGGUGCCAGGAGCCAAGCGGGAAGGAGGCAUUCGCAAAUUCUUUCAGAAUUUAUUGGAUAACUUGAGCCUUCCACAACUGGAUUUGUAAUUUUUGGGUAUAUUUUUGGGGAUGGACCAUCACCACGACCAAGGGAACGUCGCCAGCGCAGUGCAACAUUCGCGAAAUGACCUCUGUGGGACCUCAGUACAAGCGACCUCUGUGAUGACCAGUCAGAUUCAGACGAUGAACAGGAGCUCCUACAAAACUUCCUGUCUCCUGUUGCAUUCUGGGAAAGCAACUUGCAGCUUUCCCUUGUAUGGAGUAGGGACCAUAGCUAGCUUAAUACUCGUCCAUGUUCGAAUACACAUUUUAUCUAGCCCAGGGAAUGGAAAUAUAGAAGUGUGUAAUUAAUAACAUAUGUUUAAUGACUACAAUCAUACAGAUGGACAUUUUAUAUGAUGUGUUUAUGUUUUAUUUUUAUACUGUGUAUAUAUAUUAUGUAUAUGUUGCCAAUUGUACAUUACGACAUGAUUACCGAACUACCGAUGUCACUCAAGUGCUUGAUUGUCCAGUCUUCUCUGUACAUUAAUCUUAUAGAACAUAAUACUGAAAUAAACAGUAGUCUAAUUCCACAUAAUUAUCCAUAAAAGUAUCAUUAUUCUUCUAAUUCCAAAGUUUAUCUAUAAUUAUUGCAGUCUUAAUUCAAUGAGAAUCAGUAUACAGUGGAAAUUUACAUGUCAUUACAGUGUGCAAAGCUCUAUUCAAAAUAAAUUUAAUGAUCAGGAUAAAAAUGUACAGUUAUUCCAUCAACGACGGCAAAGUUUCUCAGCUCCCUGGGGAACAUGCCAUUCCUGACACAAAUAGCCUGAAUACAAUAAAAUUUAAAAUUCAAUUUGAGUAAGAAAAGUGACUGGGUGUCUGCAAAAAUUCACUUUCUAUUUCAAUCUGGAGCUUGGAGACAUCAUUUUAGAUGAUUAGUUUUAAUUAAUCGGAAUCCCGACAUCAUUUUUCAACUAGACUGAUUGAGAUGCGGCAAGUGUUGGGGCAAGGAAGAGCUACUUACAAACUUUAUGAAGUAAUAAUCGGCAUCAUUUAAAUUAAUUAUAAAUAGCUCAAUUAGUUUUCUGAUUGUGAUAUGGAAAAACAUUCCGUACUGAUCUCGCCAAAGAUGUGUGUCUUACACAAUGCAAAGUCUACACAUAUCUUGGCAUGUUAAAAUUUUGUUAUACAUCAACUUCAUGAUGAACAAGGCCAUGCAUUUUUAAAUCGAGCUCAUAGAUAAUUAUAUAAUCAGUAUUAAAUAAUCAAGUAAGUUUUGCUGUUGCUUGUAUUGGAUCGAAUAUUCCAUUAGUAUAAUGUGUAUUUUGUAGUCGUAUGAUUCUACUUAUUUAAUGAUAUUAUAACUGCAAUAUGACCAUGUUAUUAUUAUGGUUUGGUUUGCCAACUCUCGCAUCUUGCCUGUCAAAUGAUUAUUGUUUCAAUAAUAUUUUGCAAUAAUAAUAACAAAUCAAACAUUCCACUGAUUUUUUUGACACAAUACAAUAAGAAAUGUAGGUACCAAUAAUGUACCAGAAUCAACCCAUCCUGAAACUUGUAUUUGCUCCUGGACGUUUUGUUUCAAGAACAAAAGAAUACCGCUUGUAUUGAGGAAAGUAGCAUCCCAGUUGUUGUCAUGGUGAUGUCUGUCCCCUACAGAACUAUACAGAGAGAAACAAAGAUGGAAGCAGUGUUGUGGGAAGUAUUAUAUCAAAGAUGCUGUAUUAAUGGUAUAUAGUGAUGAAUGUAUGGAUGACACUAAAAGUAGGAUUCAUCAGGUGAAAUAGUGGCACGAAGGAAAACGGUUGAUCCAGAGGUUAGUGCUUGAACCGCAGAUGUAGUGUGUCAUAUAUAUAUACAUAUGGUUGGGCUUCCUCAGCCUAGUUAAAGGGGCUCUGUGAGUGUCAACACGUCCAGUGUUCCAGAAUAUUGUACCUCAAUCCCUGUUGUCUAAAGCUGUUGCCAGGGGCAGGUAACUCCUGGGUACAGUUCAGGAGCCUCAGCGAUUAUUACCUCCUAUGUAUGUAUAUCGGUGAUGUUGCAUUAAGAGCUCGCUGUACCUAUAUAUUCUAUAUACUACUCAAUUGUUGUUUGGAACAUUCCAGUUCCAAAGGGGACGUCAGUGGUCUUAAUUACUUAAUAAAGAUGUACAAUCAAUAUUUAAUAUUACCGCAAAUGUUCAGAUGUUUCAGAUCAUAAGAAACACUUGUCCAUUAGUUGUUACCCAAAUAGUCUUGUAGCUCUGUGAAAUAUACUAGUAUCCCUAUUACAGUUGAGUGAUGUAGUAUUCACACUCAGAGAGCUCCUCUGUAAGAUUGCAAGCGGAAUUAGACAAGCGUGAAGAAACAAAAGCCAGCUACAAAGUACUUGGUGCUAUUGACCAUCAUGUCAUGCUCCAUGUCAACACCAGAGAGGGUGUCAAAUCUGAAUAUCCCCUGCAUUGUUGUGUGUUGUGGUGUAGCCAUUUGUGAUUUAUAGUUACCAUGGUUACUGGAAUUAAUUAUUUUAGGAGAUUGUUAAAAAACAGAUUUCUAAAAGUUCCACAUGAUUUUAAGUUCCGCGAUUACAAAAAGAUUUUCCGUAAACAGAAGUCAGUGUGUUAUUUUCUGAACAACAAACCACAUUAAAGUGUACAGGUAAUUUUGUUGUCCUUUGGCUGAAGAUUGUCAUCCAUAUAUGUAUCAGAGCCAAGUCUGACGAUUAUGUUGGCACUAUAUAUGAGAGUGUGAUAGUACAUGUCUCUUUGUUACCAUGGAAACAGUUAUGGCCUUAAAUUUAUAUUACAUUGUAUAUGAACCAAACAAGUAAACAUCUCUUGUUCAAAUUUUUUUUGGAAACUUUCAGUCUUGAAUUCUUAGUAAUAAAAAGUGAUUGCAAAGUGAUUCUUCUAUGAUUAUGUUUUUAGGUUAACUCAGAGAAGAGAGAUUAAAAAAUUAAGAUUUGUCCAUCCUAGGAUGGUUAACAUUAAAGAUGGGUUUGAUGGAUGUCAUAGCUUCAUUUUCAUUCCUAUGUUCUCUUGUGUGAAAUGAGUUGUGAAAAUCUGAUGGUUGACAGACCCACCUGGGUACAACCCUGUGGGAGACACCUGAAUGCUGUUAUCAGUUGCAGCCCACUAAAAAUUAUUGUUUUGAAUUACAAACUGAAUUGUCAUUUGUAUAUUAGGGACAUUUUGUAGGGGCUGAUAACAUACAUGUAGCUGAAUUAAACAAAAAUAACACGUUAAAUAAGAAUAUUCGUUAGGUUUUGGAACAGGUGUGAAUGUCAUAUUGGAUGUGUUGUCAUUUGAAAAAAGUUAGAUAUUUUUGUGGGCCAACAUUUUCACGAAAUGGAGCAAAUACGUAUCCAUAUGUAAAGUUAAGGAGUACAGUCAAGUCUCGUUUGUCCAACAUCCUCCGUUGCACAGAAAAAUGUUGGAUUAACAGGAUGUUGGAUUAUCGAAUUUUGAGUACAGAUUACAUUCAUGGUCAAAAACAGGACAAUCAUGAUUUAUAUUAAGACAAGACAUGCAGCCACAUACUGAAGUCCACAGCUUGAUUAUUUCAGAGUCAAUAAUGCCAAUAAGACGUGUUUAAGAGUUAACCCGGAACUGAGUUCAGCCUUGGCAUCAUUACAUUUGGCAUACCCAGGAAACUUCUAUUAAUUCCAUGACAUUGCGAUAUGGUAUAUUUACAGCAAUCUUGUUUUUCCCAAGAGAACAUAAAUUCAUAAGAAUAACAAUAUCAACCAUAUUUUUGGGGAAAAAAUGAUUUUAUACAUAUUUUUAUUGAUACUUUUUAAUUUCACAAUUGCUUUCUUCAAAAUUAGUGUCCUAGGCUUUGAUAUCUGCUUACCACGUGGGUCAGAGGUUGUAUUUUCAUGACCUUGUAGACAGGUGGACAUUCCACAAACACUUUUAAAUGAGAUCUUUCACUCUAAGAUGAUACCUUGAUCUGGCAACAUUUAAAUAGGUAUAGAUAUACAAAAUUGGAUAGGAAGGCUAGAUUUUUGGCAUUUGGUCAUAUGAUAUAUCUGAAUGUUUUGUUGACCCAUACAAAGUAUUUAUAAGCCUUGAUUCUGAUUGGCUGUUUAGAAAGUUGGAAUUUUGAAGUCUUGAUGCUGAUUGGCUGAUUGGACAUUUCUUAUGACUUCAAAUGAAGUAGGAAUAGCAUCUGAGUAAAAGAUCAAAUUUUCUUGAAAAUGGAUGCUCCCCUGGUCUCACAUGCAGUUUGUUGUAUUUACCAGGGAUCCAGCAUGUUAAGUAUUUCUUAAUUUGUCAGAUUUUAUCACAAAUUGUUUUAAAGUUACAGAACAUCUCACAGUACAAAUAUGUGUAAAUAAGGGAUCUGUUCACGAAGACCAAAUUUCAGUUUCCAUGGAGAUGACAAAUUAUUACCUAGUUUGUUUUUAUGUAAUAUACCUGAGUCAAGAACCCCUGUCAUGUUGGAUAAAAGCCAGUUUGUGAUAGGUGUGAUUAAACUUGUGUUGUUAAAACGUUACUUGUUUGUAAAUAGCUAUGUUUGUUUUGUUAGUGUGGCUUCACAAAUGCAAGAGGUUGUGUGAUAAUACUUGUUGCUCUUCUUGCAUAAUUACGAUGGUUGAAAAUAUUUAGGUCUGCUUUUAUGGUCUGAGUGAAAUGCAUUCAUGAGAUGGAGAUACGUGACUGAUUUCCCUGAACAUGUGUUGGUAGAUGUUUUAACAUGAUCAAGGGUGUAUUUCUUCUCUGUGUUGACAGCUUGCUGUGAAUCAGGUUCUGGAUAUAUGAAAUGUAUACUUUUUGUUAAAUUCUGAACCUCUGUAUACUUCAGAACUCAGUCAAUUUCAGGGGCAUAAUCGUUAAAGCGUCUGCUCAUCACACUUAAGACCUGGGUUUGAAUUCCCACAUGGGUACACUAUGAGGAGCCCAUUUCUGGUGUCCCCCGCCGUGAUGUUGCUGGAAUAUUGCUAAAAGAGGCAUAAAACUAUACUCACUCACGACAAUUUCAAGUGGUUCCACAGUCUGGGCUGUUCUUGUCUUAAUGCUGAGUCUGCCAUAGAAGCUUUCAAAUAUUUAUAAAUGAGGUCUCUAAUUGAAAAUAAGAAUAUUUUGAAGAUUAACUUUUAAAAUUUAGUGUGGCAGUUCAGCGAUAAGAAAGUGUUCACUAGUCAAGCCAAGAUCCAUGUGUCUGUUUCUUUGUGGUUACAGUGUGUGAAGCACAUGUAUGGCAACCCUUUCAUGCGAACUGAAAUAUUGCCAAAAUUGAGAUUAUUUCCACUUACUUUGAAACUUAUUUUAUUUUUAAACAUUUUGUUUGAUGCUUAACCCUGACAUAGUUUGUGUAUAUUUAGAGUUUACCUCCUGACCAGCAAAUUUGUAAAACAUUGACAAAUUGGUCUUUCCCAAAUUUACUGAAAAUACUGUUUGAAAGGCAGACUGGAAUAUUUUAAACAGCCAGCUUUCUGGGUCUUCUGGUUUUGUUUUGGGGGUAAACAAGCCACCUUCUGCUAUGGCACCUUUCAUGUAAGUAUUGUAUGCCUAUAGUCCUCCGGUCUACAUGGUGUUGGCUGUAUGCCUGGGAGGGUGGACGUCAGCAGGUGCUUGUAUGGUGCUGGAUAGAUCUCUGAUUUUGGUAAAUCUACACGGACUCAAGGAGUCAUUUCCAUGGUUCUCACAAUCUCAAAUAACCUAAUAUUGUAUAAGUGAAAAGCUCUGGUCAGCUAUUCCAUACUAUUAUUUCCAUGCUACUAUUGAAGUGGUACUUUGGGCUAAAUUUGUGAUAGGAUUAUAUGUGGAUGAGUCUUUAACGAUUCAUUGAAGUGACAGUACUCUGUAAUACUUUAGUUAAAAUGGGACGUUGGGUAGCUGGAGUGGUUAGAGUGUUCACUUGUAAGGCCCAGGUUUGAUUCCCCACAAGGGUACAAUGUGUGAAGCCCAUUUCUGGUGUCCCUGCCUUGAUAUUGCUAGAAGCGGUGAUAAAAUCCAACUCACUCACUGAAGGUAAAAAUGUCAAGUGAGAAAUCAAACAUACAAAUAUUUUCCCUUUUAUUAUGAGACUCACCAGUUUUCUUUCCACCAUACAAGCACCUGCUUCUAUUCAUUCUCAACUUGUGUAAGAAGUUGUGUACAUGUGCCUCAAUUAUUAUGCAAAUAUCUUCCUAACUUACAUGCUGUAUGCAACUUCAAGUCUCACCGAGGUUGUCUUCUCAUUUUUGCAGUGUUCAUAGUUAGACAUCAGUGCUUCUGAAUUCAACAAUCCUGGCAGUCUUGAGCAAGAACUGUUAUUUGUUAUUAGGGCUAGUAAUUUUUUCAUUUAUGACAAGGCCUAUUGAAGGUUCUGUUAAUGGCUUUCAUUAAGUAAUCAGCUUAGAUCUGCAUCGCCUGAGCUUCAAACGAACAUUAUACUGGCAUGCCAUGGUGUAACUUAUACCCUGUUUGAAGUGGAAAAACAGCAAUUGACAAAUAUUUCUAAGGAAUCGUUUUGGAGAAACAUUUCUUGAAGUAGGACAUCAGCAUUAAUGAGAAGACCACCUCCCCAUGGAAAUUGUGCUGUUUGCAUUCUAACUCGAUACACGACUGUUGUAUGGUUGUACGUUGUGUGAACUAUUUUGUAACUUAACCCUUGCUGUUCUCAGCUCUCAUCUUGACAUUAACCCUAGCAUUAGGUCAAGGUUGGUGUGGAUAUUGAUUGAAACACAAUACUAUUAAAAGUGGUAAAUUGUGUAUACUCCCCAGGGAGUUGAGAACAGUCAGGGCUGAGAUUUGUGCAGAUGCUGGGAGCCUCCAGUGAACCAUGUGUGCUAGUACUUGUCUCAUUCUACUGCCAUAAGCUCAUCACUCAAUAAAAUGUCUUCAAAAUCAAA